AAAAAUGAUCAACAACAAAAAAAAAAUUACAAGUUUCAGACACACACACACAGGACAAGAUAAAUGUGAGUAAUAAUAUAUUGAACGUCGUAUAUACAUUGAAAUGUAAUGCAAUCAUCAUCACACAGUUAAAAUAUGUACCACUACUACUACUACUACUACUACUAUAUACGUAUACAUUUUUUAGAUGACGACUGAAAAAAAAAGACUUGCCUCGUGAGGUUGAAGAUGUGUCACACACACACUCAGACACAAAUAUUGAAAAAAAUUCAUGAGUUACGCAUGCUCACGAUGUGUUUUUUUUUGUGUAUUAAAAGGAUAUCCUUUGUAAAUAAAAGAGUAGUGGUAUUGUAAAAACAUGAUUAAAAUUGAUGAACGGAAAUCGAUAUUUUUAUAAUAUAAAAAAAUGAGUUGUUGUGGUGUGUGUGUAUGUGUGUAUGUGUGGUGUGGGUGAGUAGCAUGAUUUUGAAAAGGAAAAAGAAUAUGAUAAAUGAUGAAAGUGAUGAACGAAUCGAUCAUCGAUUUUUCUUUAUAUAUAUAUAAUUGUGUGUGGAUGUAUUUGCAAAGGUGCGCAACUCACGCUAUAGUUAUUAAUAAAUUAUAAUUGAAUGAAUGAAUGAAUGUGAAUCGGAAUUCUUCUUUUUUUCCAGAUAUUAACUGAUUAAAUUGGAUUAUGAUGUCAAAUUAAAUAAAUCAAAUAGAAUUCGUCAUUCGUUACACGUCAACACUGUAUAUAUAUAAACACCGCCGCAAAAAAAAAAUUAACAAACAAUAGAUGACCAUGGAAUGGCGGAAUAAAUCCCGAUAUAUACACGUCAUACGCUCACACAAAUUAUAUUGUUCAUUCUUCUUCGGGAAAAAAAGAGAGAGAUCAAGGAUUUAUUUCAAGGUAAACCGAUGAUUAUUAGUAAUACAUAUUACCUUUACACAAAUUUGCUAUCAAAAUAACAUUGGAUUAAUUCCAAAAAAAAAAAAAUUAAAAAUCAAAACACAAUGUUAAUGUCACAUGAAUUAUUACGUCAUCGGACUAUCAUGCUACGAAUAAGUCAAAUGAUUUUUUUUUCAAAUUGGCAAAAAAAAAAUUCAAUUCAAAAUCAAAUACAUCGGUCUACAACAGAUGGCCGUACUGAUGAUGUUUAUAUAUAUAUAUUUGUGAUUUCAACCCCUCUCCCUCCUCGUUGUUGAUAUGAUUCGAAUCAUCACCAUUAGAAUCAGAAAAUCAGAUUGGCCAAACCUAAAAAUAAUUUCCAUUUAUUGAAACAACAAUAAUUGGAUCAUCAUCAUCAUGGGUUUCGAUACAGAUCGUUUUGAAGAUUCAGAAAUCAGUGAAGAGCUUAUCUGUUCAAUUUGUACUGGUGUAUUAGAAGAUCCAUUGACCACACAUUGUGAUCAUUUAUUCUGUAAUGAAUGUAUUAAUGAUUGGCUUCGUCAUCAUCAUACAUGUCCAAUUGAUCGUUGUCCAUUACGAACUUGUAUGUUGAAACGUGCACCACGUGCUAUACGUAAUUUGAUUAAUCGUUUAAAAAUUUAUUGCCCAUAUCGUGAUGAUGGCUGCGAACAAACAAUACGUUUAGAACAAUAUGAUCAACAUCAAUUAGAAUGUCAAUAUAAUCCUGAUAGUAUGAUCAAAUGUAAAUUAUAUUGUCAACGUUUAAUGAAACGUCGUGAUCUUAUUGAACAUGAUUGUAUCAAUGAAAUGUCACAGAUGAUUAAAUAUCAAAAUGAACAGAUUAUUGAUCGUGAUGAAAAAAUACGUAUACUUUAUCAAUUAAUAAUCAUUUCAUUUUCAUUAUUUUUGAUUAUUUAUCUAUUUUUACCAUUUACUGUAUUGAUUGAUCAAUUUGGUCGUUUAUCAAAAUUUAUCUGGAACCUGUUUUGUUUGAUUGGUUAAAAUUGUUGUUGUUUGAAAAAAAACCAACAAACAAACGAAAAACAAAACAAAC